AAAGAGAGAACUUCCAUUUGGUCAAAGAGAGAACUUCCAUUUGGUCAAAGAGAGAACUUCCAUUUGGUCAAAGAGAGAACUGUAACAAGAGAAAUGAGGAGAAAUGGAAAGUGUUUUGUGAGACACACACACACACACCAAGUGAUUGAGCGCGAGAAAAAGACAAGAGAGAGCAAAGCAAAGAGAGGACGAAGAAGCAACAAACAGCUGAGCCUACAGAGAGGCAGAGGACGUGAGAGGUAGGGAGUAGAGGGAGGAAAAAUUGAGAGAUCAAGAAACAAUGUAAAAAACGUAAUACAGCCAUGUCUCUCUCUGUCUCGCUCUUUCUCUCUUUCUGUCUGUCUCUCUCUCUCUCUCUCUCUCUCUCUAUCUAUCUAUCUAUCUCUUCAGAUGUCUAUGUGAACCCCCACAUGUUUACACUCGAAUGCCAGUCAAAUUCUUUUUAAUGAACAUUUUGUCUUGCCAGAAGAACGAGUUCCGUGUUGUUCUUGGAUUCCAAAUCCUAGGAUCAUGUCAUUCUUUAGGGUUAGUUUCCAUCUAUGUUUUAAUCCUGUAAUAAUACAAUACUUUUCUUUUUUUUUAAUAAGUUUUUUAUAUUUGUUUAAUUUCUAGUCUUUGAAUAGUUUUUUGGGAGAGAGAAAGAACUAUGAUUGUUUGCCUAACAAUCUAUGAGUAAAAUGUAUACAGACUUUGAUUUGGUCAUCUGCCAUUAUGGAUCUUUGAGAAAUGUGACUGGAAGAAAGAAAAACAUUUUUACUUACAAAACUCCAAACAAAAGUGGAAGACAAAACCCACCUCUCUCUUCCCAGCUCCGAUUGGACAUGUCGGGUGGGGGGGGGGGCGCAGUGAAGUCUGCUAUGUGAGACACAGACAACAGAUUGUUGCUUAGAGUUCUCUGGACAAUAGGAAGGAUUUACUUCAACUGAAAUAAUGUUGGUCGCUUUCAUUAUACAUUAAGACCAUAUGACUGUGUUUCUACAAUGGAAAACAACUUGACAAGGUCCACUCAUAGUAGCCAAAGGACACAUAGAAAAUAGAGGGUUCAGUCAUGAGUAUCAAUAGUAUAUCUAAUGGAAAUCACGGAUCAUUGGACAGUCAAAUUGUUAAUAUGAGUUGGUGUGCUGUAGUCAACGAUACAAACCAGGAUCAAACAUACCAACAUUUUUAUCAGAUGGCUCAGAUGAUUACUGGACUUGUCAUCUACCCUCUAGUUUGUUUCCCUGGUGUCCUUGGUAACACUCUCACCUUGUUUGUAUUGUCCAGACGUAACAUGCAGACAUCCACGAAUGCCUUCCUGAGUGCUCUUGCUGUUUCCGACUCGGUCAAGCUAAUCAAUGACAUUCUGUACUUCUUUGUUAUUGUCUUCAUGAAAACUUCGACGACUCUUGGAAACCUUUCUUACGGCUACCUCUACCCUUACGCUCAUUUUAUUUUUAGCUUUUCUGCAUGCGUUUCGUCCUGGUUAACCGUGUCUAUGGCUGUGGAGAGAUAUUUAAUGGUGUGUCACCCCACUAGAGUACGGGCAGUAUGGAGUAGAAGGCGAGCUGUGCUACUGUGUACCCUAAUCUACGUCAUUAUGUCCUUGCUGGCACUGCCUUCAGCCCUACGCUACAAAACGAUUGCCUGUCUAGACGUAGUCAGCAACAUGACCCGACUAGACGUGCAACUGACAGAGAUGUGGAAGAAUGAGAUAUUUGUAAAGAUCUAUACCUGGGCCCAGAAUUUACUUCGAUCUAUUAUUCCGUUGAUAGUGCUGGUGAUACUCAACACGUGUAUUAUCACGGCCCUCAGACGGAGCCAAACAAAGAAACGAAAGAAUGCCCGUCACCGUGUGACAGUUAUGAUGAUAGUUGUUAUUCUAGCUUUCCUCAUAUGUAUCACACCUGACGCCAUCAUGUCCACAGUUUUCGGUUUGGGCUAUCACGAGGCAGACUACUUAGCGAAAGGAAUUCGGGAAAUUACCGAUGCCUUAUUAGCCAUCAACGCUGGUAUCAACUUUCUCAUCUACUGCGCGUUCAAUCAAAUAUUCCGUAAAAGUUUCCUACGACUAUGCUGUCACAAAACCAAAAGAAGCAAUACUUGGAUGACUGAACUAGAAGAGUCUACCUUCAGGCGCUUGUCUGAUGUGAAGACUGCUAUGUUGUCAAACAACAACUCCCUACCAAUACAAGACACAUCUCCAACAUUAGUCACGGACAACUCACUGGCAGGCUUUACCAAUAAGAUAAAUGGGAAACACCAGACAGCUGAUAGUGCCAGCAUUCAACUAGCACAGGACACCAAUGAUUCAUCCAGUGCAAACUUAAAUAGUUCUCUAUCAAACGGAGACAGCGGUUCUCAAACAGAGGAGUACGCUAAUUCAUCUGAAAACGAUCAUCAAACUUUUGUACAACCUUUAGCGUUGAUUAAAAGAAAGCCUUUCAGUCAGCACAUUCACAGAAUUUCUAAAGAUGGACUGAAACACUCCAGAAAUAGUAUUAAGUGCACGAGAGACAGACAUAAAGCUAUCAGUCUCCAUGAACUUCAUCAGACAUGUCGAGAGACAGACAAACUUGAUGUACACUCGGACAAGCUUCAUCAAUGUCUAAACACAGAGAGCAAUUCCGUCAGAUCUUCAUUUUACCAACAUCAACUUUUCACCAAAGUGUGUGCAUGUGUACACGACGUGCCAACAACAUCUAAGAAUGUCAGCGAUCACAGGCAGUCGAUAAUUCUGACUAACUGUCAAGGUGAGGCUUUAACAAGUCAAAGGCAUGAGAUCAGAAAUAAUUCGACCCAUUUUCGAGAUUUCAAUAUUACAUCACACGAAAACCUUCGUAAGAAGGUGUGUUUUAACCACCGUUUGGACAACAAGACGGAUAUUAUAUAUGAUACAAGUGACAGGAAAUAUAAUGUGUUUGCUACAUGUCACAGAGAAGAUAAUGUGUUUGCUACAUGUGACAGAGAAGAUAAUGUGUUUGCUACAAGCGACAGAGAAGAUAAUGUGUUUGCUACGUGUGUAAAGAGGAGUACAGAAUGUGAUACAUAUGGCAUGUAUAAUGCGUGUGAUCAGGCAGCUCCAUUGUGCGAUUCAUGUACACUCUCGACACAUCUUUUUCCACACAAUGUAGCUUCAGCUAUUAGUAGUGAUACAAGAAACUUUAUCCUACAGAUUGACUCUCAAAUGCUUUUUCCUAAACAAGAUAUUUUAUCCACAGACUUGUAAUGUUAAUAUAUAUGUGUUUGUGUGUGUGUGUGUGUGUGCGUGUGCAUGUGUGUGUGUGUAGCCUACUGUUUAUUACCCGUGAGUCUUAAUUUGCGUAUCACUGAUAAAGUCACUGACAUGGUGUAUUAGAAAAAAUUAAAUAAAAUAAUAAUGUUAGCUUUAUCCAUCUAGUCCAGUGGUUCCAAAACUUUUUUGUUAUUGACUAAACACCUUGAACUCGCGUUGACCUACAUCCAACAAAAUUCGAAAUAAAGAUUUAUAAGGAUUCUGUUGCGUGACCUUUCGGCAGUGUCUAAUGUAAGAAGUGCGCGAUAUCAAGAAUGGAGCUAUUGGGCUAAGUCGCAGCUAUACCGAACCAAUGUGUGAAAAAUGCUUUAGAAACACAAAUAAAUGUGAC